AUGGUCGACCACGAUGACAGCUCCCACCAAGCCGCCCGCAGGCCCCCACGGCACCCGUCUCUGGACACAGCCCGCCCGAGCCUCGACGAGGCCGACGCUGACACCGGCUUCUCGCGCGGAUUUACCCCCGACUCGACCCUGGUGAGCCCUUCUGACGACGUCGACCCCGUCCAGCGUCCGCGACCUGUUAGCUACGGCGACGGCGAGAGACGACGCUCCAAGACGGGCCGCCCGCACAAGCACCGCACUAGCGGCGCCUUUCUGCUCGCCGACCCCGUCUACCACGCCCCCGAGCAGCCUCGCACCCAGCCCAGGCAUCUACGGCACUCGGUCGACAACCCAAAGACCAGGUCCCAGUAUGGCCACGACAGGCCGCAUCCCCGGGCGCAGGGAACGCAGGCACACUCACAAGCACACUCGCAAGCACAAUCACCAGCACACUCGCAAGCACACUCGCAGGGACACACCCAAGCAUACAUACAGGGGACGCAGCACAAACAGGCACACUCGGGACACUCGGGACACACCGCUGUCGGGCUCGGCCUCGACCUCGACCACCCACCCAGCCGGACCGACCGCGACAGAGCCUCCACCGGCACCGUCGUGCGCGACUCGCUCGACGGCCCCCUCGACUUGGAGUCGGCCCAGAUCGUCAACAUGGCCCUGAACCUGAGCGAGUCCAAACGGCUGGCGUCGCGGCGCAACGCCUCGCAGCCCAUCCCCCGCCUGGCCCCCCUGCCCGACAGCUCUACCGGCGGCAGCCUUAGACAGCACCUCCAGCAGCAGCGCCGCAUCUCGCGCACCAUCUCGCCGCGCCCCGAUCGCUCGCCCAGGGUCGGCUCUGGCCGCGUGCUCAGCCCCCUGCAGACCUUCGAGUCCGACGGCGCCUACCGCUACCACUUCUCGCAGUCGACGCUGGCCCGCGCCCAAAAGGCCAAGGAGUACCUCGAGCUCAUGGCCCAGUACCGCCGCGUGCUCGACCUGCUGCCGCCGCUGCAGCCUGCCCGCGCCCGCCCGCCCGCCGCCAGCCCUCCUGACACCCCCAACGGCUCCGUCCACGUUUUUAGGGUUCCCAUUAACGACGAGCCGAAGAUCGGCCGCCCCUACGACCCGCUGCAGUACGUCCGCAACCGCAAGGUCCGCGCCCGCGAGCGCAAGGUCAUCGACGGCGAGGCCCACGGCUUCGGCGACGUCGUGCGCGUCUCCGAGUGGGUCGACGACGUCUCGAGGUGGGUGGCCACGGCUGCCACCCGCUCGCCAGGCGACGGUGCCCUGCCCGUGUUCGCCGCCGCCCACUCCAGCACCACCCAGAACUCGCCCCCGCCGGCCAGCUCGCGGCCUGUCGUCCCCGCCAAGCCACGGCGCCCGCGCGUCGACUGGGCCAUCGAUCCCGCCGACAUGCUGGCCGACGUCUACUGGCUCGAGCAGGACGGCAACAAGAAGCUCGUCGAGGACCGCCACUGGCGUCGCGUCUUCCCCCAGGGCCCCGACCUGUACCAGCCCGCGUCCCACGAGGGCCUGCGCACCACCCCCGGCUCCGUCAAGGACGUGUCCGACCACGCGCCUGCCGAGCCCGACCCCCCCGCCAGGGCCGAGAGCGAGCACACGCUCAGCUCGACGCGCGACCGUGCCCAGCAGAAGCUGCGCGCGCUCAAGGGCUCGCACCACCGCCAGAACAGCUCGGCCAACCGCGACCUGCGCAUCCACCGCGGCUCGCUGUCCGACUCGUCCGACACGGACAGCGACCGCCGCCGCCGCGCCCGCGCCGGCACCCUCAGCGGCGGCAGCGAGGCCAUCCUGGCCAAGCAGAUGGACGACAUGAUUGCGCGCGAGCAGCGAGAGGCCGAGGCCGGCGGCCACCCCGUCUACGGCAACGAGGCGCUGCGCAUCAAGUUUGCCGCGCCCAGCCCCGUGACCCCAGAGCAGAGGACGCGCGCGUCGUCGCCCAGCCGCGCCAACAGCCACCGCCGCAUCGACUCGCUGAGCGAGGCCGAGAGCAGGCGCAAGCCCAGGCCCUCGCCACCGCCCGUCGGCCGCGCCAGCCUUGAGGUCCCCCCAGGGCCGAGGCGCUUAUCCAUCGAGUACGACACGUCGCAGCCUAACUCGCCAGACCUGCGCCCCGCCCGCGACGGCGCCCUCGUGCCCGCCAUCGGCUUGGAUCUGUCGCCCUCGUCGACCCGGCCCAGCUCGCCCACGCGCAACCCGCUGACCAAGGUCAGGAGCAUCUUCCGCGAGCGCAGCAGGGACCGCGUCCCGGAGCAUCCUGGCCACGACAGUGUCGGCUCGUCGCCCGUGCCCGAGUCGACGCCCGACGCAGCCAACGGCCCGCCCGACCGCCGCCCCUCGAGGAGCCCGCUGCGCAUGGUCAAGGGCGACGCGAGCCACCGCUCGCACCGCAGCACGGGCAGCGCAAAGCUGCGCGACGACGCCGGCAGCGGGCUGCGGUCGCUGUUCCUGCGCCCGCGCAUCGAUAGCGUCCUGCGCACCAGCGUGUCCAAGGUCAGCGACAUGAUCUGGCGGCGCGACGGGCCCUUCGAGCAGUCGUCGGGCACCUCGUCGGACGAUUCGGAGCCCGAGCCGGCUAGGGGCCGCUCUCGGGGUCCCCAUCGCUCCGUCUCGCGCCACGGCCAUGUCCACAGCACAUCGGCCUCGGCCCACAGCGCCAGGAGCCACCUCGACGCCAUGCCGCUGUUCAUGCCCACCAUCGACCAGGGAGUCGUGAGCGACCGUUCCGCCCUGGCACCUGCCUCGCGCCCCCUGAGCCGCCGCUCCUCGCGCUUCGACCUGCUCAAGCCGCCGCGCAUCGACGUGCAGAACGCCCCGCCGAGCACGUCGCCGCCGCCAGCCGAGGUCCGCCCACACCCCGACGACUCGGACUCGGACUCGCGCACUAGCAGCUACGUGCGCGACGCCGACGCCCGCCUCAACGCCGUGAUCUUUGCCAACCCUCAGCCGCGCCCGUCCCCCAGCCGCCACUGGUCCAUCGCCGACGCCGACCGCCCGCCCGCCCGCGCCGCCGUGUCCAAGCGCGAGGUCGCCCGCCUGCGCGCCCUGCUGCUCAGUUCGGGCAUCCACGCCAUGGAGAUGGACCGCCGCGCCCGCGAACGCAAGCUGCUCGGCCUGCCUAGCGCCCGCGCCGUCGCCGCCGACGCCGCGCCGCCGCUCGCCUGGCCCGAGGUCGUCGCCCUGUGCCCCGACCCCGCCGUGCGCCAGCGCCUGCUGGUGCGCCCCGUCGCCCGCCGCGACCUCUACCCGCUGGCCGCGCGCGUGCUCGGCUCGUCCAUCCAGGCGUCGGCCCAGCACUUUCAGGCCGUCUCGGACCGCUUCGCCAACGACACGGCGCCCGCCCUCGAGCGCCGCGUCGAGGUCCUGCGCGCCACGGUCGCCGGCGAGCUGACCGAGCGCACCCAGAUGGCCGCCGACGCCGCCGACGAGGCCAGCCACGAUCUCGUGUCUGGCCAGCGCCUCAAGGUGAAGCGCGUCGUCGACGUCAUCGAGAAGAUGCUGCGCCGCCGCCGCCGCCGCUUCCGCUGGGCCCGCCGCGCCGGCUGGCUGGCCGUCGAGUGGGUUUUGGUGGGCUUCAUGUGGUAUGUCUGGUUCGUCGUCAUGAUCACGCGCGUGCUGCUGGGCGUCGGCAAUGGCGCCGUGCGCGCCGUGCGCUGGCUGCUGUGGCUGUAG